ACUAUAUAAAAUAAUCCAAAAGUUUCAGUAUAAUAUACCCUCAAAAAUUAAGUAGUUUAUUAAAAACUGAAUCAUGAAUAUUAUACAUAACUAGUUUUAGUAUAAUUAUCAAUAUAAAAUAUCAAUAAAUAUUUUAAAUAGUCAUAUUUAUAUUUUUUAACAAUUAUUCUUAGAAAAAUAUUUAACAAAAACACAUAAUGAUAAAAACAUAUUUUAAUUUGAAAAUUAUAAUAAAUAUAUUGUUACAAAAUAUUCAAACCCGCGAAACCGCGGGCAUCCACCUAGUUUUCAUAUUAUAUAUCAAAAUUUAUUAUUCAUUGUGUUUUACUAAUAGAGACUUGUUUCAUUUAAUUUGGACAUAUAACUUUUAAUUGCAAUUUUAGUUGAUUUUUAGAAAAAGAUAAAGUAUAAAAUUUUAUGUGUAUUAUUGUAUUACGUGGAAGAAGAAAACAAUGAGGUGGAUUGUUAGAAGAUAAAAAUGGGGUGUUGAAUAAGAAAGACCAAUGUACAUACAUGGUCUUAAAUGUUAUGUUUCAAAUGCUGCUCUAUCUACCAGAAGAGAAAAGUAGUCUGGAAGAUCAGAUAAAAUAGAUGAUGCUGAAGAUAUAAAAGAUUGUAUAGGUCAAUUGUUUUCUCUAUUGGUCUUUAGUCGAUUUAUCUUGGUCUUGGAUAUUUAUGUAUUUAUUAGGCUUACGCAAGAGAUGAAGCUACCCAGUUGCAUCUUUUAAACUGGUUCAGAUUGUAGAUGUCUACUUCUCACUGAUUCCUGAUUUGACGAGCUACAAAGGAAACAAUUUUUCCAUUGAAAUCAAAUGUGCUUGGUUGAUUGGGUAAACGGUUGGCGUUCUUCUUUCAAUCCUUCGGGUCAAACUGGUUAACACGAGUACUACAAGUUGUCUUUAUUAUAAAGCAUUGUUUAUGUUUGUUGUGCAUAUAAUGUAAUGCAGAAUCUUGUAAGAUGGGCUCUGUGGUCAACAUUGUCUCGAGGUCAUUUACAAUAAUUCUUAUUAAGUCCUUGAAUAUGUUUUCUUCGCUUACUCUUCCAUUCAUGUUCUUUUCUUACACUAAACUGAAAAGAUAAUUCUUGGAGCCACAAGAACACACACAGAAAUGACGAGGUUUUGUUUCUUUGCUUCUUUGCUUUUAUUGACCAUGCUCUUAAGUUUUUGCUAUGCAACUAUAACGCCAACAAGUCCUUUGUUAAUAAACCAAACUCUAAGAUCCUCUAAUGAGGUUUAUGAGUUGGGGUUCUUCAGUCCUAAUAAUACUAAGAAUCAAUAUGUUGGAAUCUGGUUCAAAGAUACCACUCCCCGGGUGGUUGUGUGGGUGGCCAAUAGAGAAAAGCCUGUUACAGACUCCAUGGCAAAUCUAUCUAUAAGCAGCAACGGAAGUCUUCUUUUAUUUGAUGGAAAACAUGGUAUUGUGUGGUCCAGUGGAGUAACUUUUGCCUCUAACCGGUCUCAUGUGGAGCUUUCAGACAGCGGGAAUCUUAUUGUCGUAGAUAACAUUUCAGAAAGAACUCUAUGGCAAAGCUUUGACCAUCUUGGCGAUACUCUGCUACAGUCCUCUUUCCUGAUGUAUAACCUGGCUACUGGCGAGAAGCGAUUUUUGACUUCGUGGAAAAGUUAUAAUGAUCCAUCUCCUGGCGACUUUGUGGCUCAGAUUACACCGCAAGUUCCAUCACAAGGGUUUAUUAUGAAAGGCUCGAUGCCUUACUGGAGAAGCGGUCCAUGGGCUAAAACAAGGUUCACUGGCCUACCUCUAAUGGAUGAAUCAUUCACAAGUCCAUUCAGCCUACACCAGGAUGUAAAUGGGUCAGGGUACUUUUCAUAUUCUGAAAAGGACUACAAUCUUUCACGUAUAGUUUUAACAUUGGAGGGAUCAUUGGAGGUGUUUCGGCAUAAUGGAACGACCUGGGAAUUUAACUAUCAGACUCCAGCUCAUUCGUGUGAUUCUUACGAUGCAUGUGGACCUUUUGGAUUGUGUGUUAGUUCUGUUCCUCCAAAGUGUAAAUGUUUUAAAGGGUUUGAACCAAAAUACACCGAGGAGUGGAAAAGAGGAAACUGGACCGGUGGUUGUGUGAGGCAAACUGAACUACUUUGUGAAAGAAACUCUACUAGUAAAGAUGCAAAUGUGUUCUAUCCUGUUGCCAACGUAAAGCCUCCAGACUUUUACGAAUUUGCAAAUUCAGUGGAUUUUGAAGAAUGCUACCAAAUUUGCCUCCACAAUUGUUCUUGCUUGGCUUUUUCUUAUAUUAGUGGAAUUGGGUGCUUAGUGUGGAAUCAAGAAUUGAUGGACGCAGUGCAAUUUUCUGUGGGAGGGGAGCUUCUUUCUAUUCGUCUUGCACCUUCUGAACUAAAUGGAAAUAAGAGCAAGAAGACAAUCAUUGCUAGUACAGUGAGCAUUACCGUUUUUGUUAUUUUGGGCUUCGCUGCGUUUGGUUUCUGGAGAUGCAGAGGGGAACAUAAUGCUUAUACAUCAAAGGAUGUAUGGAGGAAUGAUUUGAAACCAAAAGAUGUACCAGGUUUAGAUUUAUUUGAGAUAAAUACUAUACAAACUGCCACUAAUAAUUUCAGUCUAUCAAACAAAAUCGGACAAGGUGGAUUUGGUUCUGUGUACAAGGGAAAGCUGCAAGAUGGAAAAGAAAUUGCUGUAAAACGGCUUUCUAGCAGCUCUGGACAGGGGAAAGAGGAGUUUCUGAAUGAAAUAGUACUCAUCUCAAAACUACAACACAAAAACUUAGUCCGGGUUUUGGGAUACUGCAUCAAAGAAGAAGAGAGGAUAUUGAUUUAUGAGUUCAUGUUGAACAAAAGCCUUGAUACGUUUCUCUUUGAUUCAAGAAAAAAAGUUGAGACUGACUGGCCUAAGAGAUUCAAUAUCAUCCAAGGUAUUGCACGUGGACUUCUUUAUCUCCACCGUGACUCACGCCUCAGAGUCAUUCACCGAGACCUGAAAGUGAGCAAUAUUCUUCUGGAUGAGAAGAUGAACCCAAAAAUAUCAGAUUUUGGACUAGCUCGGAUGUAUCAAGGAACCGAAUAUCUGGACAACACUCGCCGGGUUGUAGGAACUCUAGGAUAUAUGGCUCCUGAGUAUGCAUGGACCGGGGCGUUCUCUGAGAAAUCCGAUAUUUACAGCUUCGGAGUUCUGCUGUUAGAAAUCGUUAGCGGAGAGAAGAUCUCAAGAUUCAGCUACGACGGAAAAAACCUUCUUGCAUAUGCAUGGGAAUUUUGGUCUGAAAACAGAGGUACUGAUCUUCUGGACCAAGAUGUUGCUGGCUCAUGUCCCCCAUGUGAGGUUGGAAGGUGUGUUCAGAUUGGUCUUCUUUGUGUUCAACACCAACCUGCAGACAGGCCCAACACACUUGAGUUGCUGUCUAUGCUCACCACAACAUCAGAUCUCCCACCUCCAAAACAGCCAACAUUUGUAGUGCACACAAGAGAUGACCAAUCCAUGCCUAAUGCUUUGAUCACCGUCAAUGAGAUGACACAAUCUGUGUUCCUUGGGCGCUAAGAAACAAUGUGUGAUGGGAAUUGUGCUGACAACUUUCUCAUUCUUCAUUUCUAAAAUAUUUAUAAGGAGUUUAAAUUAGUGGUUACUAACAUUGUUUCUGUUAAAGCCUAAAUGUUCCGGCUUGAAUGCUUUGAUCUCUAUCAUUUGUUGAAUCGAUCUUGACCGAGAACCUUGAUGCA